AUGCCUUGUGAGUUCUGCAACUUUACGACCAGGAAUUCGCCAUUCUAUGAGGAAGUCAUCAUAAACGUGAAGGGAGGGAUUCGACAGGACGACAUCAUGUCGUUCAAAUUUUUCAGUGCCGCUCUAGAAAACAUCAUGCGUCGUAUGGAAUGGGAAGACGUAAGUGUGAAGGUCGUUACUAUCAUCAAUUCUGCUCCGCAGAUGACAAAGUGCUUAUUACACCAAACAUCGAGCAGGCGCAACAAGUACUGGUCGGAUUCGGCAACACUUGCAGAGUGGAUUACGACUGAACCUGAAGGAGACGAUGUUCAAGUGAAACGGAUACAUGAUGCUUCUUUCACGCUGAACGGAGCGAGCAUCUCUGAGAGCUCUAGCUACGUGUAUCUAGGAUGA